UGAUCGUUAAAAAGGAUUAAAAAACAAAAUGGAAUGUAAUUUGUUUUAAUAAAAAAAUUAUAAAUCACCCAGGAGGAGAGCAAAUACAUUUGCAGAAGACACAAAAGGAUUUACGCUACCAGGAGGAGGUUAAAUUUGUAGAAGAUGCAAGUGGACUGUUAGCAAGACCCAAGGAUAUAUCCAUAUGUCGAUGGAAUAAGUUAUUGAAAUGCUGGUUGACCCGCACUAACAUUUAACCUUUGAAAUAUGAUGAAAAAACUUCAUGGAUAUAACGAAGAAACAUCACAUUGCAUACUUGGUUGAUAAAAAUUUAAUGCAACAACUGGGAGUAGCAAUCAGUCGUCAAUACAUGCAAGAAUUUUGCGAAAAUUUGCUAGAAAACCAAAUUGACAAAGUGUCAGAAAUUUUUGACACGGGCAGACGAUAUUACCAUCCUGUAUUGCAAGUUCUUCGUUUGUAUCUGUUCAAAUAUGGCGUGCAAAACUUGAACCCAAUGCAGCAUAUUAACGACCUAUUAGAGAAAUACAACUUUUACUUGUGCAUGGUAACAGAAGAUGAAUUUCCCAUCAUUGAGAAUGACACUCAAGAUAAAUGCUUUGCUUUGGAUUUCGUGAACAAUCCAAACAUUCGGAGACGCGUUUACCGUGAAAUAUGUGACAAGGGAGCCACUGAUUGGCAACUUCUUGGACACUUCUUGAUCCCUUUUGAGAAAGGAGAGCUAAUAUACAUUAACAAUGAGAACAUUGAAGUACGCGUGAACAAGAUUUUGUUGGCGUGGGAAAAACUUUGGAUAGAAUUGCCGGAGAAAAAGACAAAGGCUUGGCAGAUAUUGUCUGGGGUCUUGAAAUUAUUAGAAAUAUCGAUUGAUGCAUCAGAAUUCACAGGUGAUGUGUUCAAAGAAGAAGGGAACAUCAAAGUGGAGCAAUAUCACGGUACAGACAAUCUCAUCAUUGCUUUCGAUAGAAUCAUCAACAAUAUUAAGAUUAAAGGGAAGUCAAAUCAGGAACAAACUUUUCAGAAAAUGACAGAAAACGUAGAUUUUGCAAUUAGGACCUUUGGAGAUAAGAUGUGGAUCAAGAUACACAAAUCUAUCCCGUAUGAAGUCUUUGAAGUUUAUUCAGCACAUGAUCAAAAUUUAAACGUAGAAGCGACAAAAGAUCGCCCACACAGACAUACUUUUGCACAUGGAGACAAGUUAAUUAAGAUAUCCACUCAUGCUGACAAGACCUUCCAUACUCUCGUGCAACUGAUUUUAAAUGAAAAGGAACAUGAGAGCUUUAUAGAAUAUAAACCAAGUGGUGGGAAAGAACUUCGCCGACUUAAUCUUCAAAAUUGGCUUAAAGAAUGCUCGCUAUAUAUCUUAACUUAUUUUAGCUGGGACGACGUUUCUUUCGUGGCCGAAUCCUUCCAAUUUCCUCCAUAUGUACCAGGAAAUUACGUAUCUGAGUUGGCGUUUUUAUUCAUGAAUACUCUCAUAGAAAUACACAAUGGAAUUGUGAGCGUCAUAACAGACUACAACACGAUAGAGCAUGUGACAUUUUUAAAAUACAAUAUGGACCUAAUUCGCCAAAUUGGUCCAUUUGGAGAACAUACAAAACGAAUUCUUAUACUGUAUCCUAGCCCGGUCAUUUUCAUGAAUAUAAGAUGUACUUAUGCAGUUGAAUUUCCUCAUAUUCAAAAGGAGUUUCGAGAUGGCGAGAAAGAUAUCCAAUGCUUAUUGAUUACUCACAAAAAUCUAAUUAGUGAAACUGAUGUCCAUUUUGUUAAUAUUGUUGCAACUCCAAACUAUGUUGGUGUGGCGGAUGACUAAAUAUGUGCAGAUUGUUUUCUAAUUGACAAAGACAUCUUGGAA